AUGUCUCAUUAAUUGCUUCACAAAUUUUAAAAUAAAUCUGUUCAAUAAAUAGUUUAAGAAUUGAUGUAUGAUGAAUACUUGGAAAGAGAUAAUAUGUUUAGAAAUGCCUUUAAUUCAUCACCUUUGAAGGCUGUAAAGAAAAAAAUAGUAUUUUCAAAGAAUACAUAUAACAAUGAUUUAUAACAAUCUAUAAGUUCAGUUAGUUAAUAGAAUAAUCAAUACAAAAUUAUUGGAGUAAUGGCAUUUUAAAAGAAAAAGAAUCAAGAUAAUAACACUAAUGUGUCAGUAUAUAAAUUCUGUAUUUUAGUCCAAAGAAUAUUAAGAAGCCAAAUAAGCCAAAAGAAUUAAGAGGAUUAUCAAUGUCAGAUCAUAUGGAGAAUUUGAUUAGGGAUAAAAGCAUUUUCCCUUAAAUUCAAAGACAAUCUCAGUAAAGCUUAGCUUUUAAUGAUGAUGAUUUUGAAGGGUAUAGAUUAAAAUCUGAAGAAAUGACCUUAGAAAUUGAUGAAUAUAUGAAGAUGAAAAGAGAUAAGGACUCUUUUUAAUUGCCUAAUAUUUACUCAAGAUAUUAAUGA